AUGCGGGAAAUCGUGCAUCUCCAGAUCGGCCAGUGUGGCAACCAGAUAGGAGAAAAGUUCUGGGACGUGAUCGGGGAUGAGCACGGGCUGGACUGCGCAGGCCGAGACCACGGGGCGUCGGCGCUGCAGCUGGAGAGGAUCGGCGUCUACUACAACGAGGCCCACGGGGGGAAGUUCGUGCCCCGUGCCCUGCUGGUGGACCUGGAGCCGGGGACCAUGGACAGCAUCCGCUCCGGCAAGCUGGGAACCCUCUUCCAGCCCGACAGCUUCAUCUACGGGACCUCGGGCGCCGGCAACAACUGGGCGAAGGGCCACUACACGGAGGGCGCGGAGCUGGCGGAGAGCGUGCUGGAGGCGGCGCGGCGCGAGUGCGAGGCCUGCGACCGCCUGCAGGGCCUGCAGCUGGUGCACUCGCUGGGCGGCGGCACGGGCUCGGGCCUGGGCACGCUGCUGCUGGGCAGGGUGCGCGACGAGUACCCCGACCGCAUCCUCAGCUGCUUCAGCGUGCUGCCCUCGCCCCGGGUGUCGCACACGGUGGUGGAGCCCUACAACGCCCUGCUGUCCCUGCGUCCGCUCAUGGCCGCGGCCGACGCCUGCUUCUGCCUGGACAACGAGGCGCUGCACGGGCUGUGCCGGCGCGCGCUGCGCCUGGCCGCGCCGCGCUACGGCGACCUCAACGGGCUGGUGUCGCGGGCCAUGAGCGGCGUGACCACGUCCCUGCGCUUCCCGGGCCAGCUCAACGCCGACCUGCGCAAGCUGGCCGUCAACAUGGUGCCCUUCCCGCGCCUGCACUUCUUCGCGCCCGCCGUGGUGCCGCUCGCCGCGCCGGGCCCGCAGCAGCCCGCGCUCUCCGUGGCCGAGCUCACCCGGGAGAUGUUCGACGGCCGCAGCGCCAUGGCCGCCUGCGACCCCCGCCGCGGCCGCUACCUGACCGUGGCCUGCGUCUUCCGGGGCCGCGUGUCCACGCGGGAGGUGGAGCGGCAGCUGCUCGCCGCGCAGAGCCGCCACAGCGACCGCUUCGUGGACUGGAUCCCCAACAACGUCAAGGUGGCCGUCUGCGACGUCCCGCCCCGGGGCCUCGACCUGGCGGCCACCUUCAUGGGCAACAGCACGGCCAUCCAGGAGCUCUUCGCCAGGGUCCUGGAGCGCUUCUCGGCCAUGUUCCGAAGGCGCGCCUUCGUGCACUGGUACACCAGCGAGGGCAUGGACGUCGCCGAGUUUGAGGAGGCCGAGAGCGAGGUCCAGGACCUGGUGUCCGAGUACCAGCAGUUCCAGGAGGCUCGGGGCCUCCCCGAGGAGGACGAGGGCGGGGAGGAGGCAGAGCCGGAAGCCGAGGAGGAGGAGCAGGAGCCCGGGGACGCACGGUGA